AUGAGGAGACCCCACGGCGUGGAUCCGGCCGCGCAGCCAGCGCCUCAGUUUACAUUAAUGCGCGACUCGGCGCGCGAUGCCUGCGUCUCACCUGAAAGUAGCCCAGAGCAGUCUCCGUCUCCACCCACCGUGGAUGGGAACAAUGCCUCCAUCGCUCGAAGCAUGUCGCGGUACCGUCGCAAUCGACCAGGCGCCAUCGACAGACCACUGACAGCCGUCCCUGCAACCCCUGCCCUCCUGAAGAAUACGCGAUCGCAGCCGACCGAACAUGCACUGACCCAGAGAGAUCGUAAACAGUACGCGUGUGACGCCAGGGACAUUCAAGACACUAGGACGGCACAACCUAUGGCGGUGGACGAUGAUCAGCUGGCAAAGGAAAGACAGCGGCAACGUGCGAUGGACCAAUUGACAGGAGCCAGUCAAACCACUCACGCAAUGCCUGCACGGCCGCGAAGACGGGAAGAAAACCCACAGCCGACAAAGGAAACACAAAGGAACGAAGGGAAAUACGCAGAGGCGCAACUACAGACAAGCCCGCCAGAACCUGCCGCCGAGAACCGCAAGUCUUUCAUGCAGAAAGUCAAACUCGCCCGAUCCAAAGAGACCUUCAAACCGGAUGACUCCACUCCAAAAUACAUCGAAAUGGGCGGAGGAGGCAUUGUUCCUGGCAUCGACGCGCCCGUCUCGGCGGUGAAUGCAGGCGAGCGACGAGUCCUCGUGCAAUAUGGCGAUUUGACCAUGGAUUUCGCCGUGACGCCGUCUACUCAAGCACAGGACAUCUUGAUGGCAGCCCCAAAGCGGCUCUCUCGCGAUGUUGAUCCUGCCAAGUUCAUUCUCAUGGAAUCCUUUCACCAGUUCGGUUUGGAGCGACCUCUUCGGCGAUACGAACGAAUCCGGGACGUGAUGAAUUCCUGGGCCCAUGAUAAUGACAACCGGUUGUUUAUUAUCCCGCCGGCCAGUAUGAAUGCUUUGGACCAACUGGACGCUCAAAACGUCCCCAGCGAGCCGCCCGGCGCGGUGACUGUUUGCCUCUACUACUCUCAACGUCCGCGCAAGUGGGAUAAACGCUAUAUCACCCUGCGUGCCGACGGACAAGUUACCCUGGCGAAGAAAGAAGGUUCCAAGGACCCAACGAACGUCUGUCAUCUAUCUGAUUUUGACAUUUAUGUGCCCAGUGCUCGGGCCCUCGCCAAAGAAAUUAAGCCGUCAAAAAAAAUCUGCUAUGCCAUCAAGAGCCAGCAGAAAUCCAGCAUGUUCUUGAAAACCGAGAACUUUGUGCAUUUCUUUACGACGAACGACAGAACCAUGGCAGAAAAGUGGUAUAAGGCGGCCCAAAAGUGGCGGAGCUGGUACAUGGUCAACACACUGGGAGCGGGCCGGAAAGUGGAAGAAGAGACGGCCUUGCCGAGCCGAUCUGAGACUUGGACCAGUUCGUCGCGAAAGAAGACACUUUUGGAAGACGCAGAUCCUCCAAUGCCGGCGCGAAGCUCUGUUGAUCAGCAGAGAACAACUUCCAAAGAACUUUUCACGCGGAAAAAGACUCAGCGCGAGCAUGCACCUCCGCCAUCUACUUUCCCCGAAAAACUGACAGUCGACACGAACGUCCCCGGGUUGAAUGGGGGCAAGGCAUUGGUGCAGGGGAUCUCGCCAGAGGAGGUGGAAGCAUCGACAUUCUCACCAACUGGGCUUCUGGGUCGCACAUACACUCAGAGGCAGCGCGCUAUGCGUGACCGAGAAGAGAAGGACAAGCGAGCCGCGCAAGAUCCAUUCUCUUCGCACGGCAUUUUGGGCGGAAGUGGCCCCGCUUCGCCCACGUUUGCUUCGAGCCACCACAACAGUCGAAGCAACACGAUGGUACAAUCUCCUAAUGCCACGGCAUUCGUCAAUCGGUCUCAAUCCGUUCAUCAAAAUGGCAAACCUCUGGUCGACCUUACCCCGGUAUUCCACGAGCCACCACAACAUAGCCGCAAGGGCCGAGGUGUAACCGUCGAACGUGGCAUGCCCUUGAUUGACGCCGCCACCGGCCCUGAUCUGGCUCCCAUAUCGACGGCUAUCCCUCCUGCGACUGCUUGGCGUCGACCACCCAUCGACUCCCAAUCGCAGGCAGCCAGUUCUCGGUCCCGAUACCGCUCAAACACUACAGGAAGGGAGCGAUAUCCCUCGCAGCCCCACGCUAGUGCUUAUCCAAGCUCCACUGGAGUGAGUCCAACCUCACCGGAUGGCCCCUUCAUACCCAACAGUCUGCUCGCUUCUUCCCGGAUAUCCAACAGCCAAGGUACAACAGGCACGGGGAAAGGUGUGGCGACGGGUGACCGCAAGGCGGCGCGGCCGAUGUUGAACAUGUCCCCAGAAAGCCCGUUCGCAGAGGGCAGUCUUCUGCGACAGUUGUAA